UUGCUGUUGAACUUGAUUCUUUAGUGUAUUGUAAUAGCUCUGGUCAGUGAAUGAUUCAGAAGUGAUAUUAUUAGUACCUACAGCUUUAUAACUAAACUACGCUACGAUCUACUCUCUACCACUCACAUCUCUACAAUGGCAGAAGACACCGACAUGACGAUGCAGUCAUUCACGAGCACGCACGCGCCGCCUAAAAUCACGUACUCGAAGAAAAACGCAGCGAUAGCAGACAGACGACAGCAGCAGUCGCAGCGACUAACGAGGGCGGCAAGUGCCGGUGACGGUUCGAUCUACAGAGACCAGUCAAACAAACACAGAAACGAAUCAAACAAGCACGGAAACGAAUCAAACAAACGACUCAGAAAGACCGAAGCAGACGCGAAGGAGCAGAAUAAACGACUGAAAAUGGCUGUUGAGGCGGAUGCGUCUCCCUCGCCAUCGCCUUCUGCGCAGUCAGAGUCGACUCCUUCGUCGCCGUCGUUCAACGAGAACCCGCUUCCGAGACGUAGACUGUUUGCCGAGCCAAAGAAGGAGCUGAAGACGGCAUUGAAAGAACACGUGAACGAGACAUGGACGGGAGACGGAUCGAGAUCACCAAAGAAAGCGAAAGCGAAGACGGUUCGGAUACUGAGUCAGGGAAAAGAAGGCUCUUCAGAGCACUCGCUGUCUGCGAUAGGACUGAGUCCUCCGAGAGCCACAUCGACGCCGCCACGAGAGAUAAUAAAGAAGCAGAGCAAGAAGAUCGGCGAGGGUUUGUUUGCAAAGAGCGACAGCGUGUUUAGGACGACGAUCCCGCGGCUGGCACCAGCGGGACCAGCGAGACGAGCGAAGAUGGUUGUUCACCGCGACGAGGAUGACAUCAUUGUGAAUGCACCGUUGAUGAGUCUUGGGAGGUCGGAGACGACGACGAAGAGUGCAGCGACUGCAACAACCACGACGACGACCACGACAAAUCGAGGGACGAGAGGACUGAGUAGUGUUGUGCAGACACGGCUGAGGACGGGGAAGAGAGCGAGACGAGGUGGUGAUAAUGUAGAGUAGUUGCUGUUUUUAUUCUUUUGUUCUUGCUAUACCCUUGCUAUUCUUGCUACUAUUGCAAUGUUGAUAUUAUGAUAUCCUUAUAUUCUUGAUAUUCUUGCAAUUCUUCUCUUCUCUAUUACUAUCUACUCUCUCUCGACGUCAUCGC